AGGUCGAUCUAUUUUAACAACUUCCAUAAGGUAUGAGCGGCGAUGUGGCGCGAAAAGUCAGCGGCUAAACGGUCUGGAGCCAGUUAUAUCCCUGGAAUGGCUGGGUGGACCGCACAUGCGCGGUACGUUCUCUCCUCCGAUCAAUGCGGCAGCAGGGAAAGGCAAAGAAGCCCCCGACUUUGAGGGACGGAAACCGUAAGGAAAAUACGGAUCAAACGAUGCGCUAAACAUCCGCUACCUUCUUACCUAUUUUUUUUAUUCAUUAUUGAGCUGCUGUAGCCUACAGCCAAGUCCGCUAUGAUGGAUAACCUGGCGUAAAUAUUAGGGAGUGAGAAAAAAAAAAUCCUAACAGACUAGACUGCUCUGUCUGCGUUGAGGAUAUUUUGACAUCAUGGACCGACAUGUGAAAUGCUCAGAUCUCAUGGAAAGGCCGCCUCGAGUAGACUCCGUGUACACCGGUCGGUCGUCUCAGCAGUAGUAGGCAUACUAGCCUACAUUCAAAGUUUUUUGGGAAAAGGACAUUUACUGCAUCGGAUUCCUGUAGAGGGGAUGUCCUCCGCCGCGCGUCGAGCCCCAGCGGCGGAGCGAUCUGCGGUCUAACGGAACAGUCAAACAGGGUGGAAAAUGAGCGAUGCGGCAGACGGCCCGGGGAUGAGACGGACUUUUAUCGUUCCGACCAUCACAUCUUUCGAUCACUACGACUUCACCAGGGCUAAGAUCAAAUGCAGCCUGACAUGGCUGGUUGCAAAAGCCUUCGGAUCGGAUGCGGUUCCGGAGGAGCUGGCCGAGCCCUUCUACCUGGACCAGUACGCCCAGGAGCACCUGAAGCCCCCGGUGGCCUGCCUGCUGCAGUCCGCCGAGCUCUACUGCCGCGCCGGGAGCCUGAUCCUCCGUAGCGACGCCGUCAAACCCCUGCUGGGACACAACGCCGUCAUCCAGGCGCUGGCGCAGAAGUGCCUGUACGUCACCGACCAGGACCGGCUGGUCACCGAGAGGGACCUGACCGGCUCGCCCAUACACAUGAGCUCCCACCUGGCCCUGAUCGACGCCCUGAUGAUGGCCUACACGGUGGAGAUGGUGAGCGUGGAGCGCGUCAUGUCCUGCAUCCACCGCUGCUCCUCCGCCGAGCCCUCGUACGCCGACGGACACGCGCAGGAGCUGCCCUACGACACGGAGGACGCCAUCGUCACCUGGAUCAACAAGGUAAACCAACACCUGAGGGACAUCGUGGUUGAGGAGCAGACUCUGAGAGAGGCCUUCUGCCAGGAGAGCCAGGUUACACGCAAGGCGCGCUACAGGAGAGAGCAGGCCCAGCAGAGGAGUGCUCCCCCGCUCCCCCUAGUGGAGAACCUGCUGAAGGACAACGCAGACGGCUGCUCCCUGGCUGCACUGCUGCACUUCUACUGUCCCCGGGCCGUUCCAAUGGACGAUAUCUGCCUGAAGGAGACCAUGUCCCUGGCUGACAGUCUGUACAACCUGCAGCUGGUGCAUGACUUCUGCAGGGACAACCUCAACCACUGCUGCCACUUCAGCCUGGAGGACAUGCUCUACACCCACGCCUCCAUCAAGAGUAACUACCUAGUGUUUAUGGCAGAGCUCUUCUGGUGGUUUGAAGUGGUAAAGCCCUCCUUCGUACAGCCGAGGGUGUUCGACCCACAAGCUUGUGAUCCGGUCCCAGCGACCAGGAGCAUGGCGCCAGUGUCCAGCCCCGUCAAAGAGAGCUAUGCAGACCGCCCAGCCAGCCCAGAGCCCACCCCUACUGAAGGUGCAAUGAAACGAUCCACCUCCAUGUCGUAUAUGGAAGGCUGCGUGGGGACGUGGCCCAAAGAGAACCGAUCACGCGGGAUUUCCUUUGAGAUCCCGCUGGACGGCGACCUAUCAGGGCUGUCCGGGGAAGGCUCCUCCCACCGCGGCGGCAUGACCCGCUCGGCCAGCUCCGACGGUCUGGGGUUCAAAGUUCACUAUGCAACGCGCGGCGGUGGCCUGAAGCGCCACCAGUCCCUCGUGCCCGUCGCCGUGAACGGACAGAAGGACAGCAGACACAUCGCCGAGGAGGAGGAGGACUACGGCUCCCAGAAGCCCCUGGGGCGGAACAACACGUUCUCGAUCAAGAACCAAAGCAGGUAUUCCAACGGCGGGAUCCCGGACGGCCCCCACCACGGUAACCACGGCAACCACGGCGGCCGCAUCAGCCCCACCACGCCCCCCAGCAUCGAGGAGGCCUUGAAGAUCAUCCACGACAACGAGCGGCCCCACGCCAGCCUGGGCCUCGGGGCCCCGGACAACGGCUUCUUCCUCCACGGGGGGGAGGCCCCCGACCGCCAGGGGCCCCCCGGCCUGGGCCAAGACCCGUGCUCUCCCGCCAAGGCCGAGCGCGAGCCCAGCUCCCUGUCCACGGACGAGGUGGACACGGGCAUCCACGUGAGGACGGAGGACAUCCAGAGCCUGGACGAGGACUCCUCCUCCCUGAGGGACUACUCAGACAUCGACCCGGACUACGAGACCACCACCCGCUCCUGCCCGCUGCCCAACAGGCAGGACAGGUCUGUGGGGGGGGGAGGAGGAGACGGAGGAGGAGGGGGUGCUAGGGGCGGGCCCGCCGACGACGCCCACCCCGUAGGGGAGAGAGGGGAGGGGGCUGAGAGGAGCAGCCCCCUCCGGCCCCGGGCGGGGUCCACGCUGCCCAGGUCCCACACCGUCAGCCCCGUCUCCUCCUCCACCGGCGGGUCGGGGGUGGUCCGCAUGACCAGCUUCGCCGAGCAGAAGUUCAGGAAGCUGGAAGGGAGGAGCAGCGGGGGGACCACGCCAGAGAGCUCCGAGCUCAACCUGUCCUACCCGCGGCCCGCCAGAGCCCUGUCCCUCGAGAGCGCUGGUCCCCCGCUGCCCAUCAGCUCUCCAAACACGCCCUCACCCAGGGACCCCACCCACCUGCUGGCCUCAGAGAUGGUGCACCUCAAGAUGAAGCUGGAGGAGAAACGCCGGGCCAUAGAGGCCCAGAAGAAGAAGGUGGAGGCAGCUUUCACGCGCCACCGCCAGAGGAUGGGCAGAACAGCCUUCCUCAACGUGGUGCGAAGGAAAGGCAUCACCUCCCCGGUCAGCAGUCACAGCACGGAGUUGGCAGCAGCAGCGGAAGCAGAGCCAGAGCCAGAGCCCGCUCCCAGGGAGCCCAGCGAGCUCGCCAGCCUGGGCCGGGCAGAGAGGUGCAAGCCCGACGGAGCAGCGCCAAAGUCCCCCUGUGAAGACGGCGUGGGUUCUGGGGAGAUCGACAUCACGGAGUACACGCGCUCCAUCGAGAGGCUGAACACGUCGCUGGGCUUCCUGCAGACGGAGAUGCAGCGUCUGGCCCAGCAGCAGGAGACCAUCAUGUCCAUGAGGGAGCAGCAGGCCUGGGUCAUCCCGCCUCCGGCCCCCUCCCCACAUAGACAGCUCAGAGAGCUGCGCAGCAGCAGCGUGGUGGGCCGGGGGUCGGGCCGUGGCUCCAUGGGGUCCCUGUCUCCCAUCCUGUCCUCGUCGGGGUCGCCCCGCGCCCCGCACCGCUCCCCCGCCGGGCUCAAGCGCCGCCCGGCCUCCUUCCACGCCAGGACGCCCCGCACCCCGCGGCCCAACGACCUGAAGGUCACGCCCUUCAGCCGCAUGCUCAACACCCCCACCUCGGUGGACAGCCUGCCCCGGCUGCGGCGCUUCAGCCCCAGCCAGACCCAGACCAGCUCCUUCGCCUACCUGGGUCACGACGAGGGCCCCCUGGCCCUCGACAGCCUGGACCCCCAGGACCCCCUGGACCCCCAGCAGAGGGACAAGCACCCGGAGGAGGGGCCGAGGCAGAGUGCGGGCGCUCUCCGGCCUCCCGCCAAAGGAGCCGACGCCGAGCCCGACCCCGGGGAGCGGCGGGAGGUGGCGGCGGCGGGGAAGGCGACCGAGGGGGUGAUCUCGUCGGAGGUGCGGAGCCAGCCGGGGGCGAACCACCAGGGGCACGGCCGGCGGCAGGGGACGGCGGAGCAGAGCGACCCGGGCAGGAGAGACCUGAGGGAGGUGCCCCUGUUCCAGAAGGACGACACAGAGGAAGAGGCAGCGUUGGAUGGAGGUGCGGGGAGAGAUGCCUACGGAGAUGACCAGAAGAUGUGCUGUGGAUUCUUCUUUAAGGAUGAUGCCAAAGGUCAAGAGGACAUGGCAGCCAAGAGAGAAGCUCUGCUGGAGAAGAGGCUGAGGAGGGAGAAGGAGGCGCAGGAGAAGAAAGUACAGCAGGAACAGGAACAGGAGGAGAAGAAGGAGGCUGCAAGGUUGAGGGCGGAGGAGGAGCUGCAGAAGAAGGACGACGAGAAAGCGAGGAGGGAUUACAUCAAGAACGAGUACUUGAGGAGGAAACAGCUCAAGCUGAUGGACGACAUGAACGACGUCAUCAAGCCCCGCUCAGGAAGCCUGAAGAAAAAGCCCCGCCCUAAAUCCAUCCACCGGGACGUUGUGGAGUCGCCCAAGCCCCCAGUCAGGGCAGCAGGGGUGCGUCCUCGUGGGUAUUCCGUCUCCAGUGUCUCCCUGGCCUCCCUGAACCUCGGUGACAAUGAAAGCAACCAAUCAGACAACAGGAAAACUCCCAGGCCCGACUCCGCGGGGGGCUUUUCUUCCUGUCCGUCAGCUGGAAGCCGCAACGGAGAGAAAGACUGGGAGAUUGAGUCCACCACCUCCUCCACGCCCUCCAACACAGAGUACACAGGACCCAAGUUGUACAAGGAACCAAGUGCCAAAUCAAACAAACACAUCAUACAGAACGCCCUGGCUCACUGCUGCCUGGCGGGCAAGGUCAACGAAGGACAGAAGAACAAGAUACUGGAUGAAAUGGAGAAGUCGGAGGCCAACAACUUCCUGGUGUUGUUCCGCGACGCCGGGUGUCAGUUCAGGUCGGUGUACACCUACUGCCCCGAGUCGGAGGAGAUGACCAGGCUGGCCGGCAUCGGCCCCAAGAGCAUCACCACCAAGAUGGUGGAGGGCCUGUACAAGUACAACUCGGACAGGAAGCAGUUCAGCCAAAUCCCGGCCAAGACCAUGUCGGCCAGCGUGGACGCCGUCACCAUCGCCGGCCACCUGUGGCAGACCAAGAAGCAGAGCACCCCCAAAAAACUGCAGCCCAAGUAGCGCAGGACUGAACACACACACACACACACACAGACGCACGCACACGAAAAAGACAUCUCUCGUUCAUCAGGAUUACCCGUAUGAAUGGGGGCUUGGUGUAAAUAUUUUUUUCAUCCAAGGGCCACGUGGCUGUUGACUUGGCAACUGGAAUGUAGGACGGAGAGCUUCAACAAAAGGGCAUCGCAGUUAACAGAACCGAGUGGGACAACUAAGACUUUUCAAUGAGGGCGGUGUACUGUAUGUGUGUGUGUCUGUCUGUGUGUGUGUGUGUGUGUGUGUGCGUGUGUGUGUAUACUUGUGUUGGCAUGUGUAUCCAUGUUCUUCUGUGCCAAAAAAACGAAAGUGAAGAAGAGGCGAUGGACCUUUGCCUUACCUUGUAGUACCGCUGAAGCACUGAAUGUCACUCCUCAGUUAGAGGCAGUUUGGUUAUUCUGAGUUGAUCAUGUGUGGCCUUAUGCUUGUUGUGUGUCUCUGACGGAGAAGCCUGCGGGGUAAAGUCUGGUGGGUGGCGGUGUACAUGCCUGUCGCAGACUCUGUUGUGAUGUGAGCGUUUUUCCCUCUCCCCUCCCCUUACUCACACAUCUUCUCCACCAUUUCCAGGAGGAAAUGGUUUGGGAGUUUUAACGAAAGAGAGAGAAUGUGAGAACUUUUUUUUGUAUUAGCACUUAGAAUGCAUUGUACAAGGUGAAUGGAACGGUCUAAAUGUGUAUGAAUGGUUAAGUGCCAAGAUUGAGGGAAAUACCUCAAGUUGUUGAAUUGCCGUAACUUUCCAUUGAGUGUAUGAUGAUGGUGAUGAUGAUGAGGAUGAGAAUGAUUAUGAUGAUGAGGAUGAAAUCAUUUAGUGUUUUAUCAUGAAACUUACUCUGGAAAGCACCUACAACCGACUUGUUUAAUUUAUUUCAUUUCACAAUAAUGCUUUGACUGUCUGACACAAGGCAUUUUGGGGAUGAUGUUUUUAUCUGAGUAACACAAUGAACGUAAUGUUUAUGAGUUCAAUAUGCUUGUACAUAAUUGAUAUUUCAUUCAAAAUGAAUGACUGAUUAGUCACCUUUUGAGUAGCUUUAAUCGUUCAUCCUUAGCAUAUAUAAUGUAUCAUAGGGCCUUUUGUCGUACUGAAAAAGCAGUGUGAUCGUUCACCAGUGUUGAUAACACAAUUGUGAUUAGACACCCCUCCACUGUGUCCUUAAUCUGUGCAAUCUAUUGAGAGUUAAUACAAUUCUAAUCACGUUGCAUUCUGUGCAUUAAAUUAGUCACUUUGCUGUGGAUAAAGCCCCCCUAAAUACAUUGAAAUUCACAACCUAAACCUAAAUCAAACGUGUAUAUACCAGAUCGUUAGCAACAAUAAUAGCAGUAGAUGAUCCAACAUAGUUGACCUAAUUGCUCACUGAACCUUCUAACCAUAUUCCCACUCUAACACCGACAUGCAGUUGGUUUUAUUUGUGCAUCGUUACAUGUUAAUUUUCCUUUUUGCAUAUAUCCAUGUAUUAUGUGUUUACACUGUACAUAUAUAUUUUGUCAUAUGAAAGUAUUUUUUGUAAGCUGCAUUUACCGUUGGAGGGUUUGUCAGCACAAUUGUAAAGGAAACAGAACAGUGUUCAGCGUGUAGCUUGGAAAAAAAGGACCUGGUGUGAAGUCCUAAUUCGUGCUCUAGAGUGAUAACUUCAGCAGCACAGAGUGAUCGGAUUCGAGGAGUUUAAAGUCUUACUAUUUUUCCAACCUGAUUUCAUUUUGUUUUUAAUUCAUCAAGACGUUUAUGGACCUUGUUAUUUUCUAUUAAUUUGAGCUAUUAAAUUGCCAACUAUCAACUGUCAUCCUUGUGUCUA